GUUUCUUGUUCCUCCAUCCAUUCCAUGUGAUGGUGCUUCUUGUGGCCCAGGACCUCAUGACAUGUCAUACGGUUGACAUUAACUCAGCCUUCACGAAUUCGUACAAAGUGUUCUAGGGCGUAUACCAAGGUUUAUCGAAACCGUACUCAUACAGAAAUUCAAACAUCCUCUACGUAUUCGAAAACGGUUUGUUCUCACCUUAAACCUACCCUCGCAAUAUUGUUUUGUUAUCCAGCGUGAUGAGUUUCACAUUAGUCAAGUCUCAUCCCUGUUAUUCUCAGAAAUGGAACAUACUAUUCAGAACUUACUAAUAAGCUCAGAUUUUAUUGGAAGAAAUCUUGAAAAAGGACGUCGUCCUACCUUUCACGAACUCAAAUAUCGUGUGUGAGAAGUGUGUUAAGACUGAAAUUUUAUCUUCUAAAUAAAUACACAUCCUUCUCCUUGGUCAUACUGACCAUUAUCAUAAAUAAACCUGCUUUUAUUUAUUAAUCGCACGUCACGCUUUAUGAGUAUUACUGAAUACUAAUCAGUCUAGUGGUUAUUUUUUAUCUCAGUGAUUGUGCGAGAUAUGUUUUGGGACUAAUGUAGUGUUUUAGAUUCACAACUAUGAAGAUCAGAUUGCGAACAGUGGUCAGAGAAAGUAAAGUGCCGUAUCUUGGAUAUUUUUUCUUCAAGCAUUACUUGAUAAAUUACAAACUAUGGUUUGUUGAAAUGUUUCGUUAAUACACUGUAUCGAUGACUAAUUCUUGCUCAAAAAUCUCAAGUUGUUCACAAUAACAAGGGGUUUUUCCUGACAACCUAUAUAAUUCAAGGAAAGAAGCGUUAUGUGAAGCAGAACUAUCCGUAUCAAGUAUUAAUUCAGUUAGGCAUUUCGUGGACAUAACAUUUAUCGGCUGAAAGCAUCCCCAAGCGUUCUAGACACAGUGAUUUCUUUAACAUAUUUUAUACUUCCUGUUCAAUAACUUCAUUAAUUUCUCAAAAGUAAUAGUGACUUUUAAUACUUGACUUUAAUUAUCCUCUGUAAAGACAGUGCAUCACAACAAGAGAUUCUUAGGCGAUUUAUUGAAGCACAUACAGUCAUUAAGUCUACAUCUGAAUGAGAAAGUGAAGAUAGAAUAGCCUUCCAAGAGUGCUGAUGGAUCAAUAAAAAGGAAUCUGUGGUGUUUGAAUGAACUAAUGAUUCCAUUGUACUUGUUGAAUGCUUGGUUUCGAAUUCCAAAUACAGUAAUUAGUUUGUGCUUAUCUAGUACUUCUUGAUCUGAUUACGUUAUUUCUGGGAUUCUUAGUUCAUGCUAUAAUUCAAAUACUCCUGAUUAUUACAUUGGCGUCUCGAUGAAGCCUGUGGUGAAGUUGUUGGAUAUACAUUCAGAUUUUGAUGCUUUUGAGGAUUACUUUGAAAGGUUCGAUGUUUGGGCUAUGAUCAAGACAGAUGAUGAGGAUGUUAAUAUUGUAGCACAUUUCCUCACAUUCAUCGGAAAAGAAGCAUAUAGCUUAUUAAAAACUCUGGCUAUACCGAAAAAGCCCAUUUCGCUUCCUUAUACAACUCUCAAGGAACUACUUCUAGACUAUGUCAAGUAUACAAAUUUCGAUUGCGGUAAUGGGAGGUUUCGUAAAAUGAUUCACAAGGAUAUAAAACAUUCCACUACAUCACGUCACCCAACCCAGUGCAUACUCAAGGUUACGUGGAAAAUUCAUUGAGGAGUUUGGAUGCAAUUCACGAAGAUGGCCACAAGUUUGGUCAAUGCUUGUGAUGUGGCAGUCAAUGUGAGAAAUAUGCUUUGAAUGAAGCCACAUU